AUGCUGCUUCUCGGCCUGACCGGCUCCAUCGCGACGGGCAAAUCGACCGUCUCAUCGCUGCUAUCCAAGCCGCCCUACUCGCUGCCCAUCGUAGACGCCGACCUCAUUGCGCGCCAGGUGGUGGAGCCGGGCACUGCAGGCUACAAUGCCAUUGUUAAAUACUUCGCGCCGACGACGCCAGACCUGCUGCUCCCGGAUGCAACACCAAGAGGCCGGCCGCUGAACCGCCCGGCGCUGGGACGCCGAGUCUUUGGUGCCGGCCAGGACAAGGAGCACGACCGGAAGAUGCUCAACAGCAUUGUGCAUCCCGCCGUGCGCAAGGAGAUGUACAGACAAAUGGUGUGGGCGUACCUGCGCGGCAACUGGGCCGUGGUGCUCGACGUGCCUCUGCUAUUCGAGAGCGGCUGGGAGCGGUACUGCGGCACCAUUCUCGUGGUAGGCGUCUCCGACCCUGCAAUCCAGAUCCAGCGCCUGCGCGCUCGUGAUGCGCAUCUCACCGAGGAAGAUGCGCGCAACCGCGUCAUGAGCCAGGGCGAUGUACGCGAAAAGGCAGAGCGGUGUUUGCGCAGGGGGCCCGGCAACGGCGUCGUCAUCUGGAAUGAUCACGACCGAAGCUUUCUCGAGAAGGAGGUGCAGAAGGUCAUGCAGGGCGUUCGCGCGAGAAGCCCCAAAUGGUGGAGCUUUCUUCUCUGGGUGUGUCCUCCAUUGGGCGUCAUGGCUGGGCUGUGGAGUUGGCACAGGAUGCGCAGGGUGCAGUUGGAAUGGGAGCAUGAGAAGAGGCGGGAAAAGGCGAAGCUGUGA